AUGGCAAGAACCAAGCAGACCGCCCGCAAAUCCACCGGUGGCAAAGCCCCGAGGAAGCAGCUCGCUACCAAAGCCGCCCGUAAGAGCGCUCCUGCCACCGGCGGCGUCAAGAAGCCUCAUCGCUACAGGCCGGGUACCGUGGCUCUGCGAGAGAUCCGUCGCUAUCAGAAGUCCACCGAGCUGCUGAUUCGCAAACUGCCCUUCCAGCGUCUGGUCCGAGAAAUCGCUCAGGAUUUCAAGACGGAUCUGCGCUUCCAGAGCUCCGCGGUCAUGGCCCUGCAGGAGGCCAGCGAGGCUUACUUGGUCGGUCUGUUUGAGGACACCAACUUAGCUAAAACCAUGUCAGGAAGAGGCAAAGGCGGUAAAGGACUCGGAAAAGGAGGCGCUAAGCGUCACCGUAAAGUUCUGCGUGAUAACAUCCAGGGAAUCACCAAACCCGCCAUCCGUCGUCUCGCUCGCCGUGGCGGUGUCAAGCGUAUCUCCGGUCUGAUCUACGAGGAGACUCGCGGUGUGUUGAAGGUGUUUUUGGAGAACGUGAUCCGCGAUGCUGUUACCUACACUGAGCACGCCAAGAGAAAGACCGUCACCGCCAUGGACGUCGUGUACGCUCUGAAACGUCAGGGACGCACCCUGUACGGCUUUGGGGGUUGAACAUGUCGGUUCUAUCACUUAAAAACCC